CUAAAAAUGGCCGACCACCACGAUGAUCUCGUUGACUACGAUGAGGAUGAUGAUGUCAUCCAGUCCAUCAACGCCGUCCCCGCUGCUGCCGAGCCCGAGGUUGCUGAAGACUCCAAGGACAAGAAGGGUUCCUAUGUCGGUGUCCACUCGACCGGUUUCCGUGAUUUCCUCUUGAAGCCCGAGCUUUUGCGCUCCAUUGUCGACUGUGGUUUCGAGCAUCCUUCUGAGGUCCAGCAGGAGUGCAUUCCCCAGUCCAUCCUCGGUAUGGACAUUCUGUGCCAGGCCAAGUCUGGUAUGGGUAAGACGGCCGUUUUCGUUCUUGCCACCCUCCAGCAGGUCGAGCCCGUCCCCGGCGAGGUCUCUGUCGUUGUCUUGUGCCACACUCGUGAAUUGGCUUUCCAGAUCAAGAACGAGUACGCUCGCUUUAGCAAGUACCUUCCCGAGGUCAAGUCCGAGGUCUUUUACGGAGGCACGCCCUUGAAGAGAGACCAAGACCUUCUCCGCAACAAGGAGCUCUGCCCCCACGUCUUGGUCGGUACCCCUGGUCGUGUCCUUGCUUUGAUCAAGGAGAAGACCCUCAACCUCAAGAAUGUUAAGCACUUUGUUCUUGAUGAGUGUGACAAGAUGCUUGACCAGAUUGAUAUGCGCCGUGAUGUGCAGGAGAUCUUCAGGGCCACCCCUCACCACAAGCAGGUGAUGAUGUUCUCUGCCACGCUGAGCAAGGACACCCGCGUGACAUGCAAGAAGUUCAUGCAGAACCCUCUGGAGAUCUAUGUCGAUGACGAGACCAAGCUGACUCUCCACGGAUUGCAGCAGUACUUUGUCGGCAUUACCGAGGCCCAGAAGAACCGCAAGCUCAAUGAUCUGUUGGACUCGCUCGAGUUCAACCAGGUGUGCAUUUUUGUGAAGUCGGUUGCACGUGCGGAUCAGCUCAACAAGUUGCUGGUGGAAUGCAACUUCCCAAGUAUUUGCAUCCACGGAUCGAUGCCCCAGGAGGAGCGUAUUGCGCGCUACAAGUCGUUCAAGGAUUUCAACAAGCGUAUCUUGGUUGCGACGGAUGUGUUUGCUCGUGGUCUGGAUGUGUCGCGUGUGAACGUUGUGAUUAACUACGACGUGCCCGAUGCAGCGGACACCUACCUGCAUCGUGUGGGUCGUGCCGGUCGUUUCGGAACCAAGGGUCUCGCGAUUACGUUCGUUGCAGAUGACAAGGAUGCCGAGAUCCUGAAGUCCAUCCAGGCUCGUUUCGAGGUCCAGAUCCCCGAGCUCCCUGACGAGAUUGAUGUGUCGACCUACAUGACUGCCUAAACAGGGAAUCUUCGUUUUUUGUGCGCCUGUCGGUUCUGUUCCUCCUUUUUUUUUAUUACUCUCGAGAAGGGCCUAGUUUCCCUUUGGACGAUCGAUUGAGAAAGACAUUUGUACAUUCAUUCCUUUUGCACCAGAAGAGAGAGAGAGCGCGACCGCGAGAACGAUUCACUACCAAUAAAAAACUGUAAUAUAAAAAGCACA